AUGGCACCGAUAAAUAAUUAUAGUAAAAACUCUUUAAUUCAAAAAUAUUUAGAUAAAACAGUAUGGGAUAAUUGGAGUAGUGAGGGUAUAUUAAAUAAUCAAAAAGAAAAAAAAAGAAAAGAUAAAAAUGAUGAUGAUUUCAUAGGAGGUAUAGGUUACCCCUCUUUAGAUUUUCUUCAAGAAAUUCAAAAAUCAAUAUCAUAUAAAUUAGGAAAAAAAUAUAAAUACUAUUCAAAUAUAGAUUUAAAUAAUAAAAAAGAUAGAGAUGGCGAUAGCGAUGAUGAUAACGAAGGUAGCGACGAAUAUAGUGACAGCCAUAAUGAAGAAAAUAUAAAUUAUCAAGAAAAUGAAGGUGAUACAAAUAGUAAUACUGGCGAUGAUGAUACAAUAAAUGAUAAUAAAGAUAACGAUAGCAAUAAUAACGAUAGCAAUAAUGAUGACAGUAAUAAUAGUAAAAAUAAUAAAGAAAAUGAGAAUAACAAUGAUGAUGAUAAAGAAACCAAAAAUGAUUCGAAAAAGAGGAAAAGAAAUAAAAAAGAAAAUGAUAAAAAUACAAAAGAAAUAAGAAAAGAAUUUAAUAGAUUUCCACUCAGUGAACCAAGUAUAAAACCAAUUUAUUAUAAUGGAUUGUGUGGCCCAGAUGUAUUGGUUUCAUUAGUGAUUAAAAACUAUCGUUAUUCUCAGUUUUCACCUCUUUUUUAUACUGAAUAA